AUGCCUAUUGCUAAUCGCAUUUAUCACUGGCAAUUCAGUCAGAGAUCAGAAUUGUCUGGCAGGAUAAUAAGGGUAGAGCUUGCAAAGAGAUUCAAGAAACCUCCUCCUCCACGGCCUCCUAAAAGUCCCCCUGCCGGCGAAACAAGCCAUAAAAUUUAUGCGUCGAAUCUUGCCUGGAAAGCAAGAUCUAGCCAUCUCAGAGCAUUCUUUGCAGAGAAUUUCAAGUCACCGGUUUCAGCCAGGGUUGUCUUUGACAGCCCUAAUGGAAGAUCUGCUGGGUAUGGAUUUGUUUCUUUUUCUACAAGAGAUGAAGCAGAGGCUGCCAUUUCUACUCUAGAUGGGAAGGAAUUAAUGGGGCGACCACUUCGCCUAAAAUUCAGUGAAAGGACUGUCAAAGAAUCUGGGGAUGAGAAAGGGGAGGACCAAGGUUCUGAUGAUCAAGCGGCAGAACCAGAGAAAGUAGAAGAGCAAGGUUCUGAUGGUGAACCGGCAGAAUCAUAGGUUUCUUUUCUUUUUUUUUUCCUUCUCAAUUAUCUGAGACUUUGACCAUGCUCCGUGGACUGCGAUGUGGGAGCUGGAUUUUGACCUCAAAACCAAACACUUGUACACACGAUUACGAUAAUUUAAUUCUACAUCCAUUCUCAUCAUCUUUCACCAGACUCAUCAGUUUCUAGAGCUGGAAUCCAUGUAUAGUGAGACGAUUUAUUAUAACCAAUGUCCAGGAAACCUAGAUCUUGUACUUUUGGGAAGAUAUGUUCCUUGUGAUUAUGUUUGCUAUAUAACUAGUGCGGAAUCGAUUAUAAGACUGA